AUUUGAAACUCAUUGACUGCGUGUUUCCUUUCUCUCUCCUCUGUCACGAUAGAAAAUGAACAUGAAGCUUUGAUUUUUUUUCUCUUUGACGAUUUCGAAAACAAAGCUCUCCUGCUGAACUCUCUCUCUCUCUCUCCAUCUUCUUUAGUUUCCACAAGAACUCAUUCACUGAUUUUUAUGAGAGAUCCGACAAGACCCUGAUGUCUGAUUCCUCCAAAACGGCGGUGGAUCCGCUUCUGAGAGAUUUAGAUGGGAAGAAAGAGAGUUUCAGGCGCAACGUGGUGUCUAUGGCGGCUGAGCUUAAGCAAGUGAAAGGCCGUUUGGUUUCUCAAGAACAAUUCUUUGCUAAAGAAAGCCUUUCUAGAAAAGAAGCAGAGACAAAAGCUAAGAACAUGGAAAGGGAGAUCUGUAAAUUGCAGAAGACAUUGGAAGAUAGGAAUUGUCAGCUUGAAGCUUCAACAUCUGCUGCUACAAAGUUUCUGGAAGAAGUAGACGACCUGAGAUCUCAGCUAGCUUUGACAAAGGAACUGGCAGAAACAAGCUCUGCUUCUGCUCAAUCCGCACAGCUCCAAUGCACAAUGCUUUCAGAACAACUCGACGAUAAAACAUGUUUGCUACGAGAGCACGAAGACCGCGUGACUCAGCUAGGCCACCAGCUUGACAAUCUUCAGAGAGAUCUAAAGACGAGAGUGUGUUCUCAGAAGCAGCUGAGGGACGAGGUCACGAGAAUCGAGCGUGAGAUUGCAAAGUCAGGGAAAGACACGGAAUGUGAGCUAAGGAGACUUGUGGAAGAGGUUUCUCCAAAGAACUUGGAGAGAGUGAACAUGCUGUUAGGUGCAAAAGACGAAGAGAUUGCAAAACUGAAAGAUGAGAUAAGGUUAAUGUCAGGUCACUGGAAACUCAAGGCCAAGGAGCUUGAAUCUCAGUUGGAGAAGCAAAGAAGAACAGAUAAAGAGUUGAGGAAGAAGGUGCUGAAGAUGGAGUUUUGUCUGCAAGAAGCUCGGAGCCAGACAAGAAAGCUACAGAGGAUGGGGGAGAAGAGAGACAAGGCGAUGAAGGAGCUAAGAGAUCAGGUUACUGGAAAACAGAUGAAUGAAUCUGUGUCUGGAGAGAAACAGAACUUUUGGGAUACUUCAGGGUUCAAGAUCGUUGUGUCAAUGUCGAUGUUGAUAUUAGUGGUUGUCUCCAAAAGAUGAUGAGUUCUUGGUGUUUAUAUGAUCUUUGAACUCUUAUCUUAUGUUUUUUUUUGUCUGUGAAAAUGUAGUAGUUGUAGUUAGUAGUAGUAGAUAAUGGUUCUUGAGGGUACAAAAGAGACACUUUGCAAUACUUUUUUUAUACAGUAAUAUGAUUUAUUUUUAGUUACAGAGAA